ACUGGCCUGCAGCCAGAAGGAAGUUGUUUUUAUUGUGUUCUUGCUUUCGCUAAGUAACCAGCUGGAAGCAGCGUGUAUCAGUAUCAGUGCUGCUGUGGGCUGCUGUUCUUUAAUGUGUAUGAUAGGAAGGUGUGUGGUUUACUGCAGACUGCUCAGCCAGCCUGUGCAUUAGUUGCCUCGUUGAGUGAAGCCAGGAUGUUGUUCAAGUCUCGCUGGUAAAAUUAGCUCCCUUUUUCUCUGCUGUGUAACUGUUGAUGCCAAGAGCCAAAGAAAGAGGAAUCCUACGGAUCUAUGUUUUAAAAUCAUGAAUCAGUGUUCAGAGGUGAUCUGUCAACAAGCUGCUGAUCACAAAGGGUCGAAGAUGUCCUCUGCCUUGCAAAAACUUGAGAACUUGGCCAUAAGACUGUUUAACAGGAGUACAAGGGGCUCUCCACAGGACUUUGAGGCAGGUUCAGAAAGUGAUAGCCGACAGGAGUCGGAGUACUGUUUAGCCUGGAACUUGCACAUGAAAGAUUUCUUAGAGAAAGCGAGAGAGGAGUUCUUAGAGAAAUGGGAGUCCCCACCACAGAACACAGCAUGUCUGGAUGACUUUGAGAGAACAAAAACACUGGGUACAGGGUCCUUUGGCAGAGUGAUGUUGGUGAAGCACAAAGUUACAAAGGAACACUAUGCGAUGAAGAUAUUGGACAAACAUAAGGUGGUAAAGCUGAAACAGAUCGAGCACACACUCAAUGAAAAAAAGAUUCUUCAGGCUGUCAGGUUCCCUUUUUUGGUGCGGCUAGUAUUCUCAUUCAAGGAUAACACUAAUUUGUAUAUGGUGAUGGAAUAUAUUCAAGGUGGAGAGAUGUUUUCACAUUUAAGGAGAAGUGGAAGAUUCAGUGAACCUCACUCACGAUUUUAUGCAGCACAGAUUGUCCUAGCGUUCGAAUACCUCCAUUCACUAGACCUUGUCUACAGAGACCUGAAGCCUGAAAAUAUACUGAUUGACCAAUAUGGCUACAUUCAGGUGACAGAUUUUGGCUUUGCCAAGAGGGUAAAGGGUAGAACCUGGACGCUGUGUGGGACUCCGGAAUACCUGGCUCCUGAGAUCAUCCUCAGCAAGGGCUAUAACAAAGCUGUGGAUUGGUGGGCAUUAGGGGUCCUAAUCUAUGAAAUGUCUGCUGGGUAUCCUCCAUUUUUUGCAGACCAGCCUAUUCAGAUUUAUGAAAAAAUAGUCUCUGGGAAGGUGCGGUUUCCAUCUCAUUUCAGUUCAGACCUAAAAGACCUGCUUCGGAACCUGUUGCAGGUUGAUCUGACCAAACGGUUUGGUAAUCUUAGAAACGGUGUCGGUGACAUCAAGAACCAUAAGUGGUUUGUCAACACAGACUGGAUCUCCAUCUACAAAAGAAAGGAGGAACCUCCUUUUAAACCCAAGAUGAGAGGCCCUGGGGACACCAGUAACUUUGACGACUAUGAAGAGGAGGCAAUCCGCAUUUCUCUCACAGAGAAAUAUUCUAAGGAAUUUGCUGAGUUCUAGAAAAUGAAAUGAGACGAAGCUGUAAAAUGACUGGGAAACUUGAUACUCGGCCGGAAAGGAAAGGAGGCACUGUUUGGAUGGGAGCCCAAACUGUUGUAUUUACUGAAAACUUGUGUUAAGUCUGUGCAUUCCACCAGGUGGAGUCCUAUCUUGCCGUGACUUAGAAGGGCCUGGCCCACUUUCCCUUAUAUGGACUGCUCCUGCGAAUCCUGAGGUUUUCCAGAUAGUCACUACUCCCAAUGACACACUAAACUUCUCUUUUUUGCCGCCUUCCAAUAAGCAUUUGUAUCUCAUUGUGUCUGAAUGUUAUAUAUGUUCUGUGUUUUAAAAGAUAUUUUACUUAUACAUUAAAGCCCUUUAGUUUUUCUUUUUUAAAAUGUA